CCUCCCAUUUUCACCCUAUUUUUUUCUAUCAACCUUUUUGUUUAAACUCUCAAUUAUAUUUCUCAAUAACUCAUUAAUCAAAAUCUUGAUCUAUUUUGAUAUAUUUUUUUCUACUUCCUAGCCAUGUCAAGUAGUGAUAGGGGCAAAGAUCCGGUCGAGGGAUCGUCAAGAUCCCCAGGCCGCGACCAGCCCCCUAGUCGAUACGAGUCUCAGAAACGACGAGAUUGGAACACUUUCAACCACUACUUGAAGAAUCACAGGCCACCAAUCCCACUACCUCAUUGCAAUAGCAACCACGUGUUGGAGUUCCUCCGAUACCUAGACCAGUUUGGAAAGACUAAAGUUCACUUACAGGGCUGUAUUUUCUAUGGACAACCCGACCCCCCAGCUCCCUGCACUUGUCCACUAAGACAAGCCUGGGGGAGCCUAGACGCGCUCAUAGGCAGGCUUAGGGCUGCCUAUGAAGAGAACGGGGGGUCGACUGAGACCAACCCGUUCGCGUGCGCGGGGAUUCGGGUGUAUUUAAGGGAGGUGAAGGAGUGUCAAGCUAAGGCACGUGGCAUUAAUUAUAAGAAGAAACAAAAGAAGUUUGCUAAUAGCCCUAGUAAGGGGGAUGAUGAUUCAAAUUUUGCUGGACACUUUACAUUUUCGUAAUGAUCUACUAUGAAGAAUAAAAAAAAAAAGGAUUCGGCAUGGAUAAAAGAGACUUUCUACGUAGAAGUGGAAGAAUGUUAUUGCUAAUUAAAAUCACCAUUAGCAAUAAUCAAAGGCGUUUAAUUACUUCUAAAAUUACAAUUACUUCUUUGUUAUUAUAUAAUAUAGUUCUAUAGAGUCCUUCUGCAAA